AUGUCCGCCUCGAUCCCGGUCUUUGCAGGCCUUGGCUCACGCAGCCUAUGGGAGAGCUCUCGCAAAGUCCUCACACAUGGUAGCCAGGGUGAGACACGGGGCUCUCUGGAGUGCCAAGUGCUACUGCGCUCGUGCCUGCAAGCUUUCAGGGACGGAAUCACACGUGCGCAGCAUCUUGGUCUUUUGCGUAUCCGGGCAUCAGACGCAGACGCCAUUCGAUUGAGCGACUUCGCAGUGCCCGCUACGCUCCUGGAUCCAGCUCCCAAAUAUCAUCGCAACGUUGUCGUCCAGCACGUCACAACUUUUGUGAGCCAGAUUGCUCAUUACUUGCAGAGUGGACCAUCGGACGGUCUGGACUCCGGGUCCGAUGCAAUUGUCGCCACGGCAGGUUACUGUGUUGGCUUAUUGCCUGCUGCCGCGCUUGCAUUGUCGCGAGAUACGCUUGAUCUACUCGCACGCGCGCAGGCUCUUUUCAACGUCGCCCUCUGGCUCGGUAUACACGCCGAGCGUGUCCGCUAUGAGGAACUCGAACUCUCAGGAAUGCCUUUUGGCCACCAUCUCCCAUGGGGUGUUGUCGUCGAAGGCAUACCGCUGGCGGAUGCGGAAAGACUUAUCAGCAACGAAGAGGAUGUAUACAUUGCAGGUGUGAACAACUCCAGUUCUGUAACAUUUGCGGGCCGUGGUGCUAAGUUGAAAAGCUUCACGGACAAGAUGCUGCACGCAUACCGCACAACUCCUGUCGAAAUCUACUCCCGCUAUCAUCAUCGAGUUCGUCUCACGGACAUGAUGUCGGAAGUCAUGGACAGCGUGAGCAGUUCUUCAUCGGUCUUGGCGGAUGCAGUUUACUUUCGCCGGCCCAUUGCACUCGGAGAUGGCUCGUGGAUGGAGACCGAGGGACCACUGCCGCUGCGCGACGUUGUUACUUCUAUCUUGGAGCACAUCCUGCUCCAAGCCACACGCUGGGAUAAUGUGCAAGCAGCCAUUGCGACAAAGGCAAAUGACUAUGUUGCCGCGUAUUCCAAACCGAUAGCCAUCUUGAACUUUGGUCCUGGCUACGGAUUCUCACCUAGAUUGGACGGCUUGAACUUGAGCCACCAUGCGAGCGUAUCAAACGUUGCAGCCAAUGCGCCUUCUCAAAAGCACGCUGAUGAAGGCUUCUUACCCGACGAUAUUGCCAUCGUUGGCAUGGCGGUAGAUCUCCCCGGUGCUCCAGACUACGAGACCUUGUGGCGAAAUCUAUGCGAUGGUGUCAACACAUGCACCGAGAUACCUACUUCGCGAUUCAACGUCAAUGACUACUAUGCGACCGAGGCUGAGCCAGGAAAGUCACACCCGAAACUGCAUACCAAAUACGGCAACUUUGUCGAGGAUAUUUUCAUGUUUGACAAUGCAUUAUUCGACAUCUCCCCGCGCGAAGCGAAAAGUAUGGACCCUCAGCAGAGAAUCAUGCUCCAGGUGGCGUACAGGGCACUUGAGGACGCUGGCUAUACCCCUGACUCGACGGCUUCCAACAACCGCUACACUUUUGGGUGCUGGGUAGGCAAUGCCACUCUUGACUACACCGAUAACUUGAGCCGCGAUAUCGACGUCUAUUACAGCCCUGGAACCCUCCGCACAUUCCUCAGCGCCCGCAUCUCUUACGUCUUUGGAUGGAGUGGUCCAUCCAUCACGGUUGAUACCGCUUGCUCGUCAUCCGUGGUGGCUUUACAUCAAGCUGCGCGGGCUAUUGCAGCAGGCGACUGUCGGGCAGCACUCGUUGGUGCCUGCAACGCCAUCACCAGUCCAGACAUGUAUCUCGGACUCGAUCGAGCACAUUUCUUGAGUCCUUCAGGCCAAUGUAAGGCCUUCGAUGCCAGUGCUGAUGGCUAUUGCAGAUCGGAAGGAGCAGGGGCGUUUGUCAUUAAGCGCGUAGGAGAUGCGAUAGCUGAUGGAGACCGGAUCCAUGCCGUCAUCAGAGCUAUCGAUAUCAACCAGAGCGGAAAUACGCACUCGAUCACCCACCCACACGCCCCGACUCAAGAAGCGCUGUUCAAACACAUGCUCAAUAAGGCAGCCGUCAACCCCCACGAUGUGAGUUCAUUUAUUCUCGAUGCUUAAUGCCAUUCCGUUGCCGAUCAAGCUGACCUUUCUGAAAGGUUACAGUGGUAGAACUUCAUGGCACAGGGUAAGUCGGAAAUGAAGCUCAGACUACCCAGUUUUGUCUUUCUGAUUCUGUUCUGUCUUAGUACUCAAGCAGGCGAUCCGAAUGAAGUUGCUAGUGUGCGCCAGGCUAUUUGCAGCAAUCGCAAUCCGUCGAACCAGCUUCAUUUGACCUCAAUCAAAGCCAAUAUAGGCCAUCUAGAGGUGCAACUUCCCCUAACUCACCCUCUCCAAACCUUCAGCUGACUCUCAAUAGGCUGCUUCUGGCAUGGCAGGUUUGGCCAAGCUUGUUUUAAUGAUCAAGAAUGGCCGAAUACCGCCCCAGGUCAGCCUCAAGACACUAAAUCCCCGUAUCCAAGAACUCGGGGUAGACGGCGCCGUGAUAUCGCAACGCGGCGAUGCUUGGAAUCCACCAAAUGGCGCACCGCGUAUUGGCAUGCUCAACAACUUCGGUGCAGGCGGAUCCAAUGGAGCAGUCAUCCUCCAGGAAUACCUGGCCGACGAGUUCCAUGACCCUACCGUCCAAGACAUCAGUCGUGUCUGCGGCAUAGCCGCCAAGAGCGAGAAAGCUGUUCUCCAACUGCGCGACAACUUGGUCAAGCAUUUGCAGACUCUGCCAAAGACUCCUGCAGUUCUCCGAGACGUUUGCACAACUCUCACCGCACGCCGCAUGGUUCAGCCUCAUCGUAUCUCGGUCACUGCUCGAUCGAUGAAUGAGUUGAUACAGAAGCUGAGUAUUGCCAAGCCUACCAAGCUGCAGGAGCGUCGUGACGGUGUCAGCCAUACAGUCUUCCUCUAUUCCGGUCAAGGAUCACAGGUGAGUUCUCUUUAAGACGUCUUGUUCAAGCAGCCUUUGUGCUAAUCUCGAUCAUCAGUACUUGGGAAUGGGCCGUGAACUGCGCACGAGUAGCGCCAUCUUCGCUCAAACUGUAUCAGAGUGCGAACGCUGGCUAAUAGCGCACGGCUAUCCUGGCUGCGAGGAGAUAAUUGCUUCUGAAUCUGAUACUGGAGAGGCCACUAGUGACCCCUCGAAGAUACAAGCCUUUCAAGCGGCCGUCUUCGUGAUCGAACUUGGUCUGGCUCGCGUACUUAUGUCUUGUGGUAUCAAGCCAGCUGCAGUGAUUGGUCACAGGUGAGAAAACAGGAACAACCACAUACUACAGGCGCAUCCCGGCUAACAAAUUAAUCAGCUUGGGCGAGUAUGCUGCUCUUGUUGCCGCAGGCAUUUUGCAGCCCUUCGACGCCCUGGCCGUAGUCGCUUUGCGCGCUAAGCUGAUCGUUGAGCGCUGUUCGAUGAAGACAACCGGCAUGCUUGCGGUCAACGCAUCCGAGGAAAUAGUCCGAGGCAUCAUCCACAGCAACGACGCAUUGAGCAGCCUGGUGAUUACAUGCUGCAACAGUGCGACCGACUGCGUCGUUGGAGGUGCUGUCGAAGUACUCAAGAACCUGGUCACUCACUUGAAAGAGCACAAGCUUGCCACAUGCAAGCUGCUUCGUGUCCCUUUGGGGUAUCAUUCUGCUGCAAUGGAUCCGAUUCUGGACGAACUUAACGCCGCUACCAAAGAUUUGAUGAUUCGUCCUGCUCAAAUACCGUUUGUCUCGACACUCUUUGGGCGCAUCAUUGAUGUGGGAGAGACCUUGGAAACGUCAUACUUCUCGAGGCAUUGUCGUGAGCCUGUGGCAUUCGACACGGCGGUGAAGGCACUCCUGGCCAGCUCUAUCGGCUCUAGCAUAGCACGCUUUCUCGAACUCGGCCCCCAUCCGGCCCUUCUUCCUGCAUUGGGACUUUCUGUCGACAAAAAGCAAAUUGAAUUGCUAUGCACACUUCGAAGAGAGCUUCCAGCAACUGAUAGCCUGGCGCAACUGUUCGCACACCUGUACACAGCCACAGACUUGGUGCAGUGGCGUCAUUUUACACGUGAUCAGGGCCGUUCCCGCCUUGUCAACCUCCCCGGUAUGCCAUUCUUCAAACAAGAAUACAUGACGAUGUUCAAGGUACGGGAGACAAACGCGCCUUUGCCCCUUGUGGAGAAGCUAUCUGAUACCACUGGAUUCCUCACGGACAUCAUACACUUGCCGUCUGACAGCGACCCGUCCGCUGUCUUUGGAACUGCCCUCUUGCGUCUUCGCGACCUCAUCUCGGGGCAUAUCGUUGGCGACUUCGCGCUCUGUCCGGCUUCUGUUUACCAUGAGCUUGUCUUCGGCGCUCUACGGGCCCUCCACGCAGACGAGGGAAGCGACAGUGGCAACUGGGCUCUUGCAGACGUGGAAUACAAGACUCCUUUGUUAUAUCAUGAAGGGCCAGAAACUGCCGUGCGUGUCUCUAUGGAUCCUAAAGCGGAAGGGGUCUACGUCUUUUCGGUUUCCACCACCACUAGUGGUUCCACUGAUAGCUCAGCCGUACACUGCACCGGGUUUGCCCGCCAGAAGCAGAGCAAGACAGCGAAGAGGCAAAGGCAAGCCACUGAGCUCGCUCGGAAGCGCAUGAUGUUUCAGUCACCCUCGACAGCGGAGACACAGCAGAUUCUCCACACCAAUACUCUUUACGACAAGGUCUUUACGCGGGUCGUACGAUACUCCAAACCAUACCAGAACGUCAAUGUCCUCCACCUCGGUGCCGACGGGAGGGAUGUGUACGCUCGAUGUCAGUAUCCUGCCGUGCACAUUGGUGACAGCGGUCUCCGCGCAAAUCAAGCGGUUUUCAUGGACGUCCUCUUACAUGUGGCUGGCUUUGCGGCAAACUUCCAGGCUGACGACGAUGGCGACCUCUACAUUUGCAAACAUGUGAGGUCCGUCCAAGAUUUAAGUCCUCCUGGAAAGCCUGGAGACCAGUUCGAAGUGUUCUGCACACUCGUGGACACCAAUGCAAAGGACCAGACCUGGGGCGAUGCCGUUGCCGUCGAUACGAACAGCGGCCAAAUUAUUGCCAUGAUCAAAGGCAUGGAGUUCCAACGGGUUCCGCUGGCCAAGAUUCAUCGAUCCUUUGGACUGUUGUCCCGGUCUAGUCCACCUGCCAAGAUGAUUCGUGCAAGAUCGACCACUACAGUAAGCUCGCGGCCGCAGCAAGCUCUGUCGCAACCUGGCAGCCACGAACCCACAGACAGAUCUGCAGCUCGUGCCCUGGAUUCGCCGCUUGAAAGUAGAUUUUGUGCGCGGGAGCUCAUUGCAGAGCUCUGUCAACUCCCGGUCACCAGUGUUACGCACGACAUGCCACUGGACGCGCUUGGUAUCGACUCACUGAUGACGCUGGAGCUUCAAAGCGAGCUGCGUGCACGAGGCCAGGCGAUCGAUUCAGUAGUCCUCAAACAGUGCCGACUCGUGGCAGAUGUCGAGGCGCUGUGUACACAAGAUGCUACUUCUAGUUCAAAAUUCCUGUUGUCCUUGAGCCGCUCGACAAUUUCAAGCAGUGGUAUAUCAGCUCCGUCCACGAUGCAGUCAUCCGGAUAUCUGGUGCCCAGCUCAGCCAGCUCAGUCCAUUCCAGUGACGAUGGCAUGUCCUCGCACACGCUGAAGCGUACGACAAUACAAUCGCUCCCUUCAAGCAAAAGUACUUCGUCGUCGACGCUGAUGCUACUGGCCGAAGCCUGCGCUGUCGAUAAAGCGUCUCUCGUCGGCGAUGUGGAACUACAGUCGCUUGGCGUAGACUCCCUCCUGAUGCUAGAGCUCCACGCUCGGGUAGAACAGCUGGUUCCUAAUCGCAAUAUAUCUCUGGACGACCUUUCACGAUGUGUGACAGUGGCGGAUGUGGAAAAUCUGGUAGGUUCUUGAAAUUUGUGAACCCAGAGCUUUGUAAUACCGUGUAGAUGAAAUCAUUUUUGGCUCGCUUUGCAGGAGACAUCCUGAUGGUCCAUAGGUACAAUCGCCAACGCCUCCCUCUCGUCACCAAAAUGCCGAGGUAACAACGACGCAUGAUGCGCUUUUGUCGAAACUGCUCCCAAGUAUCACCACUGCCCUUCACUUACACUCGAACCCAGAAGUCAUCCAGCCACCUUCCCCCAAGACCGGUGGUAGAGUGCCACUAUUCCUCAUCCACGACGGCAGCGGAAUCUGCACACACUAUCACCGCCUCUCCCCCCUCGACCGCCCGGUGUUCGCUAUCCACGACCCCCUGUUCACCGACCCAUCCGAAUCCUGGCCCACCCUUGAAGCCAUGGCAGAGCACUACGCCUCCCUCAUCAAUCCCUCAGACACCAUCCUCCUUGGCGGCUGGUCCUUCGGGGGCGUCGUAGCGUACCAAAUCGCCGAGAUCCUCCGCCAGCAAGGAAAACAGGUGCAAGGUCUCGUACUGAUUGAUUCGCCUCCACCGGUCGACCACCGACCUCUUUCCGCGAGUAUCAUUGAAGCCGUCACGGGCGGCAAUCAAUGCCACCGCGGAGAUCUGGCAAAGCAAAUCCAGAAGCUCGCCAGCAUGAGUUUCGCCUCGUGCACGCAGUUGCUCGUGAACUUCCAGCCUCUGCUUCCGUCACGGUCCAGCGAAUUGGUGGUCAAGAAGUGCGGACCGCCCACGGUUUUGCUCCGUUCCGUCGAAGGUUGGAAGCGUCCAGGCGAGCAGGACGCGAGGGUAGAGAAUGCCUGGCUGCAAGAUCGAUCGGACCCCCGGACGGCGACUGAUGAGUGGGAAGUCCUGCUACAGCAGAAGCUGCACUGUAUAGAUAUCCCGGGCGAUCAUUUCGCGCCGUUUGAGGCACGGAAUGUGCAGGAGGUGUCGAAUGCGAUUGACGAGGCUUGUCGGAGGUUGGAUGGUGUUGGAAGUAUCUAG